AUGUCGUCGAAGGGGGUUGACGACCAGGGUCCAACCAUUCUGGCUGUGUGCUGGAUCCUGGUCCUAAUCCCAGCUCUUAUUGUCGCCCUCCGAAUGUAUUGCAAGGUGAUGCUGAAUAGAGGAUUUGGAUGGGAUGAUCUGGUGAUCUGCCUGGCCCUGGUGCUGCUCCUCGUCUACACGGCGCUCACCACCCGAGGCGUCCAGAUGGGCGUAAUCGGUAAACAUGUUGGCGACAUUGACGACCCCAGUAAAACGCCUGGAGCGCUGAAGUUGAUCUACAUUGGCAUGAUUAUCUGCAUCAUCAGCUGUGUGCUCAGCAAGACGUCCUUCGCCAUCACCCUGUUGCGCAUCGUGACACGUCCUUGGCAGAAGGCGAUCCUGUGGUUCAUCAUCGUCUCUAUGAAUAUCAUCAUGUGGCUAUGCGCCAUUUGCUACCUGCUCCAGUGCAAGCCCGCGGCGGCACUCUGGAAUGCCGAGCUCAUGCCGACGGCGGACUGUUGGCCCAGCUAUAUCUUUCAGACGAUCGCUCUUACUGCUGGGGCCUAUUCCGGAUGUAUGGAUUUCAUCUUGGCCUUACUGCCAUGGUUGGUGAUUUGGAAGCUCCAGAUGAGGCGACGCGAGAAGCUAGGCAUUGCAAUUGCGAUGAGCUUGGGGAUCUUUGCGGCAGCGACGGCCUUCAUCAAGACCACGAAGCUAACCAAUGUGUCCAACGUCGCCGACUAUACCUAUGCAUGUUCGGAGAUUCUCAUCUGGGCAUCGGCGGAAACAGGCCUGACCAUUUUUGCCGCCUCGAUUCCUUCCCUCCGUGUGCUGUUUGUCCGGAUGAGCUCCUCCUACAAUCACAGUGACGAGCCAUCUUCCUAUGCCUACGGCAGCUCUGCAAAGAAAAGCCGGAAUCGCCGGGGCCUGUCCGGGUCUCGCCAUCGAGAUCCAUACUACUGCGGCGAGACUAUCACCCUUCCCGACCGACGAGACGAUAAUAGUGCUAAAAGUAUACUGGGUAGCUCCGGGAUCAAGCAGACGCAAGAAGUCACCGUGACAUACGAUCAGGGCCCAGAGGAGAACGAACAGGUAGCAGAUAGGAUGGGCGUUUUGCACUCAGGGUCACACCGUUAG